CUUUUUGCAAGCAAUGAACUACUGCCCAUGCACAUAAAUAAGCUGCGUGUAGAUGUUAAUGCUUUGGUAUUUUCGAAAUAUAUCCGAUUGACCCAUUUAGUUUUCGCCCGUAGGCCACUCGGUGAUGACUGCUGAGUCCGCGUAGGGCCCACGCGAAAGAUUGAAAGACUCCUUAGUUGGGACCUGCUCAACUAAAUUAACAAAAAGAGAGAAGCUUCAAAAUGUCUCAAUUCUGCACAAAAACUCAUAGUUUGGCAACUAGACAAGCCACGCAAUUCCGAUGGCUUACGACUCAGGAGGACGAUUUCCUACCAAAUAGUCACCUUGAUGACGUAGAUUCAAGCGGCGCUGCAGUCUCACAUGUACCUGCUCUACAACAUCAAACCUUUACCCAAAUCGACUUUCCUUCAUUUACACAACUGGUGGCCGAUGAUGACAAAGUUUUCAAAAUGCCUGACCCUUACAAACCCCCACCUGAGCCAAAAAGUCCUCGGGAACUGUCGGAGUUGGCCUGGGUUGCUCUGCAGCAGCUUCCGCACAAGGACGCCAUUCUGCAGGAUCUGAUCUACACGUUUGAAAAUUCCAAAGUAGAUAUGAAGAGGACCUUGCGGAUUGGGCUGUUGGCGCCUCUCACUGCAGAGCCGUUUCUAAAGACCUUCCUCAGAAAGUGUCCCCUUUUGGAAGACGGAGAAUUUUCCUCCUCAGAAUCCAGCCAAAGUGAUGGUGAAGAGGAGUCAGAUGAGUCCUUGGAGGAGGAAGCUCAUCCAGUCCUCCUACGAGGCAAAUCAGGACUCACCCAACUGGACAUCACACAUGAUUUGGAUAUUUCUAGCUCGGAGGAGGAGCUCAUGGACUUUGACGAGGUCCCCAAACCAAUCAGUCCUGACAUGCCAGAGGGCUCCCUAACUGCCGAGAAGGUAUCUUUGGACAUGCCAAAUUUGGAGGGCAAAACGACAGUCGGCACUCAGACCGUGCUCACCAUGGAAGACAUUGAGAGGCUGUUGAAGAGUAACAAAAGUCACAGCAGGGACAGUCAGCUCAGUCAAAAACCAAGCGUGGUCAAAAGUAACCAACAGAUUCAGCAGGCUAAGGCGAGGCAGAAGAAAAAGUCUACAGUGAGGAUUGGACUGUCCAGGGUGAGGAAGCAAAGAGUCGGCAAGCUCUGAAAAUAUAAGUAAUAUUUAGAUCACCAAGACAAGGAAGUGGAAAUUAGGGAAAUUAAGUGUGUACCAAUGCAAUCGAGUGUUAGUUGAAUCUAAUACUAACAAUACGCAGGCCAAAUCCUGGGCUAUGAAAAUUUUCUGUGAUGUAAUUAAGAUAUGUUAAUUUACUUUUGAUGUUGCCUGGGACCAUCUGCAAUAGCACAAAUCAGUGCACUUUUAAUUACAAACAUGUUAAAAUAAUGUAAUUUUCAACUGAUAAUUCAUUCAUUUCAUUUCAUCUGAAUGAAAAUUUGAAAUUGUUCCUCUCUGUUACAAUGGUUAUUAUGAUUAAAAUAACCUAAUGAUUUAAAUUUA